CCGGUUGCUCCGAACUCGGAGGUGAAUCUUUAGGUUUGAACCAGACGUAGAGCUGCCGUGCGACUCGACCUUCGCGGCCGGUUUCCCCGCGGUGUCCGCCGCGCAUGUCGCCUGCAUUCCGGGGAGUCGUGUCUGUGAGUCGUGACCGGCUCCGUGAAGCGCAGCGAGAGCGCCAGGUUCCCGCCGCCGUGCCUGAACCGAAGCGCUCGAGCGGAGCUCUGUGAGGGGAAACCGCCUCAGCCAGCGCUCGCCUAGCAGCCCGCUCCCUCACCGCCGGAGACACGGAGAGAUUUACCAGCACAAAUUCACGUUUUACACCAACUCCACGCUACAUUUCAUCUGUUUUUUGCCGCUGCUCGUUUCUGAUCUGGAUUGAACAAUGCUGUGGCCUGUGCUGUGAUCACUGAAGUCUGAGGAAAAAAGUCAGGGGCGAAAAGGCAGAGGCAGGAUGGCAGUUUUUAAGGUGGAUAAUGUUGAGGACCUUUAUGAAAUUGGAGAGGUACUGGGCAGUGGUCAUUUUGGGCAGGUGCGAGAGGUUCGUGAGCGGGCUACAGGCAUCCCGUGGGCUGGGAAGUUUCUAAAGCUGAAACGAGGUGUGGGAAGCCGUCUCGGCCUGGAGAGGAAGAGCGUGGAGAAAGAGGUGGAGAUCCUGCAGAGCCUACAGCACCAAAACAUCAUGGCCCUCAAAGAUGUUUUUGAGAGCAGGGCUGAGGUGGUCCUAAUCAUAGAGCUCAUUAGAGGUGGUGAACUCUUUGACUUCAUUGCUGAGAAGGAGAGCCUGACUGAGACAGAGGCCAUUGAGUUCCUGAUGCAAAUUCUGGAGGGAGUGAGCUACAUGCACAGCAAACACGUCGGCCACUUUGACUUAAAGCCUGAAAAUAUAAUGUUGUCGGAUAAGCAAGCCCCCAAUCCAGACAUCAAGAUCAUCGAUUUUGGCAUGGCUCACUGCUUCAUACAAGGAGAAGAGUAUAAAAGCAUGGGUGGCACCCCUCAGUACAUUGCCCCUGAGAUCAUCAACUUUGAACCCCUAAGCACAGCUGCAGAUAUGUGGAGCAUUGGCGUCAUCACCUACAUUCUGCUGAGCGGCCUGUCCCCAUUUCAAGGAGAGACCGAUGAGGAGACGCUGAAGAACAUCGUGGCAAUGAACUACGAGUUUGAACCACACUAUUUCAGCCGCACCAGCUCUAUGGCCAAAGAUUUUAUCCAGAAACUCCUGUUAAAAGAUCAGAGGGAGAGGAUGACUGCGGAGGAGUGUUUGAUUCACCCUUGGAUCAAGCCUCUCACAAGGACGCAGAUGGCCAAGAGGAAUCGCUCUUCCAUCAACAUGAAGAACUUUAAGAAGUUUAAUGCUAAGAGGAAGUGGAAGAUGUCCUAUAACAUGGUGUCUGCCUGUAACAGGCUUUGUAAGCUCAAGUUGGUGUGUAAAACUAAAGCUUUGGAACAACAAGAAUUGAGAGAGUGUGAGAGUGACCAGGAAGACACUGAAACAAAAACCGCCUCACUCCUGCGUCGCCGACUCAGCAGCAGUUCCUAAAGCCAUCGCCAAGAGAGGGAUACAGUGUUAAGCCCCUCCUGCAAUCCUCCAUGCGACCCUUAGGGGGAGGAAGAGGCUGAUUUUGUAUGACCUAUAGGGGGAGACAGAGGUCACAUCACUGUUUUCCAGACCAAACAGAAUCCCCACCGCUAGGCCUCGAGCCUCACUACGUGUCAUUUCCCGAACACCAGCUGUGUUCCCAGUUGCAGCAUGAGACGUCACUUCAGAGAAAUGUGACUGAGCCAAGACACAGUCACGGUACUCUCCAGACUUAUAUGCAAGUUUAUUCACAGACCGCUACCUCUGAGAUGCUAAACGGUGACGCUUUAGCUUGAAGUGCCAUGGUCAUUUGGGAUGGAAGGCUUUUGAGGAUGUACCUAUUAGCACAGUUUGACAUUCUUCUCGUUCUACUCCUCCAGAAUUUGUCAACCCCAGAAAAACCUAGACUGGAUAAAACACCCAGAAAGUAUAUGUACUGUUUCAACCUCCAAGAAGACAUCUCGAGGGAUUUUAGAAGCUCGUCCUGAUUUAUAGGGAAAGUUCUUAGAGAGCUCUUAAGGAAUUGGGAGGUUCCUAGGCUGCGUGCCUUACUUGACAUAACAAAUUACCACACAUUCUUGACCUUUGACCCUCCGCUGAAAUCAUAAUUACCCACCCCACGAGACCACCUUUAGUACCCUACCAACGUCAUAGACGCACACACAUCUGAAGGGGUGGGCUUUUGGCCAAAGUCACAUUCUUAGAAUUUGGAAUUUGGCUCAAAGCCAAGUGUUAGCUGUAAGAACAUGUUGAGGAGGAACGCCGUGUGUGUUUAAGGAUUCUUGUAGGCUUUCUGGUGUCUUUUAUGGUGGUCAUUGUGAAAGUGUGGAAGGGUUGAGGUAAUAAAUGGGGUACUUUGAUCACCACCUUAGAUUCGGUCAAGUUCCCCUGAGCUUCAGUCACUUUUGACUAUUGUACUUAUUCUUUCAGGAAGAACUGAAAAAGGGAUGUUUCAGAACUUCAUGUUUUACAUUGUGAUAUUUUAUUCAGUCUAAAGUACUAUCCAGACGGGGUUAGUUUUAUUUGGGGAGGUAAUGUAAUUAUUACCUGACUAUCCCUGUGGUUUUAGUCUUGUCUGUGUCUGUGAUGUCAGUCGAUUCUUUUGCAUAUGUAAAGAUUAUGGUGGCUUUUCUGUGCUAUAACGUGAACUGUUGAAAUAAACACAGGAUAUAUUAGUUAUAAACAUUCCAUCAUAGCCUGUGGGAUAGGAGUUUUUUCUCAAGUAUGAAGACACGUGAGGAAGCAUUCACUUGUAUUCACAGAUCAAAGUACUGGCUUACCCAAGUGGAGGACGACAAAGAGCACAGUGGUCUGAUUUAAUGUGCCUAUUUUGAGAGUUGGCUGGCUAAUGUUGCUUUUGAGCAGCCAAGCGUAUUAUGCAUUGAAUGUUUCUGGUGUGCACAAAUUGAGUAGAUGCUAAGGUCUCUGUAAUUUAUGUACAGAUCAUUUAACCCUUACCAGUCAUAUCAUAAACUUUACACACCCUGUGUACUGUAAAAACUGCCAAAUCAGCUCAACUUAAAAUGAUAAGGUCACUGAUUGCAUUGCUUUUCUUGAGGAAACUCAAGAUAAGGAUUCUAGAGUUCUUCCAACUCAAACUUCUUAGUUUAUUAAAAAAGUUCCCCUAA